CCGGGUGGCCCCACGUCCGGCCGGAGCCGCCCCCGAGGCGCCGCCCCGGUCGGUUGGUUGGGCCAGGGGAAGGCGACGCCCGCCAUGAGUUCGUCGGCGCUGCUGGCUGAGGGCCCCCUCGAUCCCCCGGUGCUGCUGGCCGACAUCAAGACGGAGCCCCCCGAGGAGCUGCUGGCCAGCGACUGCAGCCAGCCCCAGGCCGAGCCCGUCGAUCUCUCCCUCAAUAAAUCCAAGGUGGCUCCGGCCUCGGCCCCGCCGCCACCGCCCCCCACCUCGGUCCAGUCUUCCCCCAUGCUGGUGGCUCCCCCGCUUCCCGCUCCCAGCACCGUGUCCGUCCCGCCCUCCGGUCUCAGCUCCACCUCGGCCAUCCCGGCUGUCCUCUCACCCGGCUCCAUCCUGGCCUCCACGCAGGGCAGCGGCGGGCAGCAGAUCCUCCACGUCAUCCACACCAUCCCCUCCGUCAACCUGCCCAGCAAGAUGGGUAACCUGCAGACCAUCCCCGUGGUGGUGCAGUCCCUCCCCGUCGUCUACACCACCGUGCCCACGGACGGCGUCACCGCCAUUACCGUGCCCCUCAUCGGGGGGGACGGCAAGAACGCCGGGUCUGCUUUCCUUUCCCGGACUUCUCCAGUGAAAAUGGACCCUGGCUCCGUGUACCCCAUGGACAUGAACAGCGACAGCGAGGACAGCGCCUCCGAGAGCGGCCCAGCGCCUUUCCAGGACCUCCAGAGAGACAGGCCGGCGGCGCGGGGGCCCAGAGCCGACUCCCCGGACCUGAAGAAGCGGCGCAUCCACCAGUGCGACUUCGAGGGCUGCAAUAAGGUCUACACCAAAAGCUCCCACCUCAAAGCCCACCGGAGGAUACACACAGGCGAGAAGCCCUACAAAUGCACGUGGGAAGGCUGCACCUGGAAGUUCGCCCGCUCGGACGAGCUCACCCGGCACUUCCGCAAGCACACGGGCAUCAAACCCUUCCGCUGCUCGGACUGCGACCGCAGCUUCUCCCGCUCCGACCACCUGGCGCUGCACCGCCGGCGGCACGUCAUGAUGUGAGCGGCGCCCGCCGGGCUGGGAGCCGGCAGCGCCCGCCUGCCUCCAUCCAUCCACGCCCCGCGGCUCCUGCGGGGCGGGGCGGGGCGGGGACUGCGGGAGCGCCGGGGCCGAGCCCAGCCCGCCGCGGGAGCCCUGCCGGCGCACGGGACGGCAAACAAUGGAUUCUGGACUGCUGCCCCUUCUCUCUUGUUCUUAUUCCUGGGUUUGACCUCGCCUGGAGGCUCCUUGACUCCUCACCUGGAAUUCUUCCGUUAGCUGCCUCAGGCUCUUCAGCUCGCCGUUGCCCCUCUGUGCUCCCUGUCCCCUGCCCCUCCUGGUGCCAGGAGCCGUGGCGAGGACAGGGACAGGGGGUGACGGUUCCCCCCUGGAGGAGCUGUCGGCCAUUCCCUCUCCAUCCCCAGACUGCCCCAGCAGGAGGAGGGACAUCACCUCUCUGUGUGUCCCUGGGCACGUGCUGGUGCUGCGCUUCGUGGGGAGUGCUGGGGGCACAGAGAGCCCGGAGGAAAAGAGGAAUCAAGAAGGGGGGAAACACAACCCGACAGCGACCCACAAACGAGAGCGUCACCAUCGCACAAAGGGAAACUUUGUGGAACAUGGAACUUUUAUUUUAUGGAAUUCUACAAGGGGGUGGGACAGGGUGGGGGGGGAUGAGAGCCAGCAGCUCUCGGGUUUUUUGGAAGACUCUGGGCCACUUGAAGUGUUUCUAAGUUAAACCAGCGGCUGUGGCCACACGCUUUGCUUUUUAAUGAUGGUUUUUGUGGAGUGUUUCUUCCAUCCCCCCAGCCAACCCCGCUGGUUGCUGGGAGGGUGUCAGGAUUUGAGCUGUUGGGUGGUGGGAAGGCUCACGGGGACCACGACAUGCUCCAUGCUCAGGGCAGUUCCUGCAGGGGCUGGUUGGGAGGAGCUUCCCAGGCUCCCUCUGCGCUGGUGCUUUUGCCCUGGAUCUGUGGGGAUGGGGGCACUUCAGGGACACCUGUGGCCCCUGGAAACAACACACAGCUGUUUGGGAAAGUGCUUUUCCUCAGCUUCCCAUCCACCAGGCACGGUGUGCCAUGGGCAGAGCUUGUCCCUGGCCUGAGGGGCUGAGGGAGAGUCUGCCUGGGCACCCGUGAAGUGCUGGGACCUGCCCCUGGCCACAGCCACCCCAGCUGGGCUGCAGGCCUGGGGCAGAGAGGCUGGAGAGCUGCCAGCUGGGCAAUGCUUGUUCGGUUCUAUUCGUGGCAGGAGGCAGAAAUGCCAUGGAUUGGCCUGGUCAGGGUGAGGGUGUCACCUCCCAGAGGGCACCGGGACAAGGCAGAGCUGUUGAAGGCAUGCUGUGUCCAGAGGAUGGACCAAGGGGUGCCAGUGCCCUGAGCUGGACCAGCAGGACUGCAAGAAUGAUCAACUCCCCAAACUUGUGCAGGGUCUGCUGCUCCAGCUGGGUCCCUCCAAACCCCUGUGGGACCUGGGAACCUCCAAAUCCCUAUGGGACCUGGUGGGAUUCAUCUGAGAAUCCUCCAAGAGUUGCUGAUGCCAUCACAAAGCCUCUCUUGAUCAUUUUGAAUGGUCUUGGGGAUCCAGGAGGUCCCACCUGGCUGGAAACUGGGGUCUGUUGUCCUGAUUUUCCAGAAGGGCAAGAAGGACGACCCUGGGACCCACAGGCCUGUCAGUCUCAUUUCAGUGCCCAGUAAAACCAUGGGAAAGAUUAAUCUGGGAAGUACUGGAAAACACCUGGAGGACAACACAGUUAUUGGUCACAGCUCCAUGAGGGGAAAGUCCUGCUUGUCCAACCUGAUUUCCUUCUACAUCCCGCCUGGUUGAUCAAGGAAAGGCAGGAGAUGAAAUUUUUUGAACUUCAGCAAAGCUUCUGCUGAUGUCUCUCCCAGGGUCCUUCUGGACAAAAUGUCCAGGCCACGGCUGGAUAAACACACCAUGGGGUGGGGGAGCAGCUAGCUCAUGGGUUGGGCACAGGAUGACAGAGUGGGGUGACACCAGUGGCACCCCUCAUUACUGGGGUUCCACAGGGCUCCAGCCUCAUCCCAGUUCCCUUCAUCAUCCUGGUGAGCAACCCAGAUACAGGGCUCCAAGGAAUACUGAGGGGAAAAAAAAUCUCUCAAUUCUUCAAUUGAAGCUU